AUGCGCCCGCCUCCGCCGGUGACCGCGCUCGUGCUGGCGCUGCUGGUGUCGGCGCCGACGGCUGCCAAGCGGCCGAUGCUGGCCACGGCGCCGCCGCCGGUGGUGCUGCCGCCGCUGCCGACGGCCAACGGACUGCACCCGGACCUUCUGCCGGCCGACUGCGGCCGUCGGCCCGUGCCGCCGCCGGCCGGACACCAGCCGCAGCUCGCCGGACAUCCAGUGGAGAACCCCGCCUACACGGGCCAGUUCCCGUGGCACGUGCGACUCGUGGCGCGCGAGCCGAGCGGCCACCAGGAGCACCGCUGCUCGGGUCUCAUCGUCAGCCAGUGGCACGUGCUGACAGCCGCUGACUGCGUCUGGAACACGCUGCCCUCACAGGUGUUUGUACGUGUGGCCGACGUGCGCAUCAGCGUUAUCGACGAGGGUGAGCACGACUACGCCGUCACUGACAUCCACGUGCACCACGCGCGCGACGGCGCCAAGCUGGCUGAUAAUGUGGCCCUGCUACGAUUGGCGGCGCCCCUCGUGUUCAGCUCGCACGUGCAGCCGGCCUGUCUGCCAGUGCCCGGCGCAGGACACGCCAUCUUCCUGCAGUGUGAGAUUGCCGGAUGGGGUCGCGCAAACAGUUCGGAUACUCUGCCGAACGAGCUGCGCAGCGACGCCGUGCCGCUGGCCUCGGAUGAGUUCUGUACGGCCCCAGAGGUGUUUGCCGAUCGUUUCGUGCGUAACCGGACUGUGUGCUCGGGCCCCAAUCGCCAUGGCCAGCUGCACUCGUGUCGCGGAGACGCCGGCGCCGGGCUCACCUGUCUGGACCAGCCGGCCGGCCGGGUGAUCGCCUACGGUCUGCUUUCAACCGCCGAUAAACAGGGCUGCGGACGGCGGGCCGGCAUCUACGCCAAACUCUCCGGGUUUGUAGACUGGAUCAUGUGCCAUGUCAAGUUCGAUCAGGAGGGCGGCACCGGCCCACGGCCUCCGCUGUGCGGAAUGCAAGCGCCCGCCUGCGGUCGGACAACAUUUCGUCCCGAGCUGCGCAGCACGCGCGGGGCCGUGCGCGACGGCGACCUGCCCUGGAUCGUGGUGGUGGCGUCUGACCGGCCGCCGCGGCGACCCUGCACGGGUGUCAUCGUCUCGGCGCGCUGGAUCCUCACGGCGGCCGAGUGUGCGCCCGCCUUGACCACGCUCGAGGUGUACCCGGCCAGCGAGUACUUCUUCCGCGCGAAUCCGACCGCGCAGAUACCCAUACCGCGUAUUGAGAUCGAGCGCAUCGAGCAUCGAGCAAACCCGGAUGGGCACAACCACCCGCAGAACCUGGCUCUGCUGCGCACGCGACAGGAUAUCACCUUCUCGGCGCGGGUGUCCCCGAUCUGUGUGCGCGAGACACCACUGGUGGACGACGCGCGCGUCAUCUUCGCCGGUCAGGUGGCCGAGCGAGGGCCGGGUCAGACGCGUCCGUUCGCACUCGAGUGGGCUCGUAUGCGAGUCGUAGGAAAGAAAGAUUGCGAGGCGAGACACACAGUGCCUGGCCUGCGUCCGCCAGAGCUGAAGACCGACGCGUUGUGUACCAGCUGCGAAGAGCCGACGCUCGACCAGAACAACCAGUGGUGGAGUGCUGACCAGAGACGCUUCACCAAGUGUCUGCGUCAGUCGGCGGCGAGGCCAGGCGACUCGGCAGCCUUCGUGCCUCCCGAGCCGUGUCGGUUCAGCAGUAAGGACCGCGGCGGCAUCUGGAUGAGUGUCGACAACAUCGGCGGAGCCGAGGUGUGGUCUGUGGCAGGUCUCAGUGUCGACGAGCUGGACUGUAACAGCGAGGCGCGACCGGACGUGGGGGUGUCCAUGGCGCCGGCGGCCGCCUGGGUGCGCGAGGUGCUCACCCCGCCCGAGCCGUCCCCUCCGGCCCCCGUGCCGCCCAGCACGCCCACCCUGACCUGCGUCACACCCGAUCUGAAGGCGGGCCGGUGUCUGAAGCUGCAGCACUGCCCGGCGCUGGCGCUGACACUGCGGGAGAUCGGCCUCAUCUCCGCACAGCAGUACAUCUGCGGUCGAGACGGCACCGUCAACCUGGUGUGUUGUCCCGCAGACAUGCUGGCACCGCCGCCCUCGCCGCCGGCGCCACCCGCUUUGCCGGCCAUCUCCACAGCUGCCAGUGCGAGGCUGGUGACGUCCCCGAUACUACCGGUGCCGCUGCGGCUGGCCCACUGCGGUGUCAGCGCCUUCAACCCGUCGGCACGGAUGGGCGCCGACCGUGUGAGGAACCUGGGAGAGCUGCCCUGGAUGGCGGCGGUGUAUAACCGACAGGGUGUGCAGAGCAGGCCCCUCUGCGCCGGUGCCGUGCUCUCCGAGCGAUGGAUCCUGACGGGCGCCAGCUGCGCCGAGACGGACGCCCAGCUACAGGUCGAGCUUGGCACGCUGGAUGUCACGCGUCAGGGUGGCAAGCCGCUCUCUGCGCCGCUGCUCUCUGUCCCUAUCGCGGAGAUUGUAAGACACCCGGCGUUCAAGCCGCCGCUCGGCCUCUCCGAGGACAUGGCGCUGCUACGUACGGCCACGCCGAUCCCCCUGAGCUCUGCCGUCAGCGCCAUCUGCCUGCCGGAGCCGGAUGACCUGCCCGAGCGAGCCAUCGUGCCCGCCGGACAGCUCAUCCUCGCCGGCUGGGGCGCCCCCAAACUGGGCGACGAAGCUUCCCCGGUGGCGCUCAAGUGGGCGCGCAUGGACGUGGUGGGCCUGAACGAGUGCGAGCUUAAGUACAGCCAGGUGGACUACUCUGAGAUGUACCUGGGAUCCAACUCGUUCUGCAGCUCGUUCCCGCAGCCGACCGCUGAGUUCACGUGCGCCAUCAACCAGGGCGACCAGGGCUCGCUGUUCAUGCACCGCAGCACGCGCGGAGGCGUGGUCCGGUGGCAGGCGGUUGGUCUGGCCGUCGGAGGGAUAGGAUGCAGCAGUGGACAAUUCCCUGACAUCAACGUGGCCGUGGCCCCGUCUGCUGACUGGAUUCGGAACGUGACCGGUCUGUAG